UCCCCUGCCAAAGCAGGGGGUGAUUUCUUAUUAUAAACUUUUAUUCAUUAUUCUUUCCUACAUUUCAUCUUUUUAUGGAUAAUAACUUUGAACUUGCCAACAUUAUCACCAUUCCAAACCAUCCUCAAGAUGACGAUGAUGUUGGACUUGAACCCAAACCAACACCAAUUAUCACCAAAAAGAAGAAUCAUGGCCCAAUGCGUGCUCUUAGAGUCGCACUUCAUAAUAUGCGAGGAAAUUCUAAAAAACCAAACGUGGUUUCUGCAGAUGAUGAAUCCAAUAACGUUUGGAAGAAACUCGUGGGGUCAAUGAGACCAUUACACCUCCAAAGCAACCAAUCCCCGCGAUUGCCUUCUCAAUCCAUCGGCAAGAAAUUCGAUCAAAUGAUGGCUUUGCCACCACCUUCUCCGUCCGGUUCAUACGGCGCUUUUGUCGAUUUUUCAACCGACGAGGAGCCUUUCUCGCCUUUUUCGCCGUCACCAGCUAGUAGUCGUUAUGCCUCGGCUGUAGGGUUGAACGAACUCGUGCCGAGUGACGAGGAAAAUGAUCGGGUCGGGGUGAUUAAGGCGGAGUGUAAUGAAAACGGAGACGGGGAUGAGAAGAUUGAUUCUAAAGCUGAAGAUUUUAUUGCGCAAUUUUAUCAUCAAAUAAGGUUGCAACGUUUGAAUAGUGUGGAUCGUGAUUAUGAAGAGCGUAGUGAAAGAUCAUUAGGAUGGUGAUCUUCUUGUGCACGUGUUUGUAUUAAAUCAUAAUAUCAAAUAAAUAACAAGAACAUUACAUUGGUUACAUUGGUUAUAACUUAUAUAAGUAAUUAUAAAUGUUCAAUAUAUGUGAAAUAAGAGUACAACAAAAUCAUAUAUCAAUAUUAAAUGCAAUAUCAUAUCACAUGUAGAUUAUAUCUUUGUAUUUUUGUUAGAAUGUAAAAAAAAGUUGUUUCGAAUAAUACAGCCUCAAGAGCUGUUUGUUUAUAAGAAUUAUCAAUUGUUUAUAUAACAAACAAUCACAUUCAUAGCUAA